AUGCGUUCCUCCAUUCUUGUCGCCGCCGCAGCCGUAUCCGUCUCUGGCUCCGUGCUACCUCGGGCAAGUUUUGGCGGUGCGCCUAAUCUGAUCCUGCCAGAUUCCGAAUUCAGAACGUUCGAGAUCGUUUCCCUGGACGAGGCAAAGGCUGGAAAGGACCUCGAGAUUCUGGGACUCCCCCAAUCUCAAAACGAUACAGCCGACAAAGUCCAGCUGACUGCCACCGCAACCACCGCUGAGUCUGAGGCCUGCAGCGCCAAUCCAAGCAUUCAUGUUGAGUGGCACAGAGCCUCGAGCUCGCAACGUCAGGGAUUCAUUGAUGCUGUGAAGUGCUUGCUCAACAAGCCGGCAUCGGGCAACUUCCCUCCUGCGACCAACCGGUACGAGGAUCUCGUAAGAUUGCACCAGGAGUUCAUGUCCGAUGUGCACAGAAAUGCCAAGUUCCUUGUCUGGCACCGCUACUACCUGUGGACGUUCGAGCAGGUGCUCCGCGAUGAGUGCGGCUUUGCCGGGCCUAUGGUAUGGUGGGACGAAACCCUCGACUCUGGUCGCUUUGGCCAGUCAGAGGUCUUCAGCCCAUCGUACUUUGGCAGCCUUCCAGCACCAGACCAAAACGGCAACGCAGUCUGUGUCAAUGAUGGGGCUUUCGCUGGUCUGGUGCUCAACAUUGGCCCACAGGAAUCCAAUCGCCCUCAUUGCCUGUCACGCGCUGGAGACGAAGGUCUCAGUGCACAAAUCAAUGAUGACUAUGUUGACUUGUGUAACGAGCGGACCAGCUUUGCCGAGUUUGCGAAUUGUCUCGAAUUUGGUACACACGGCCUUGGUCAUAAUGCUAUUGGUGGCCGGAACGGCGUUAUGGCCGAUGUGUGGGCGAGCCCGAGCGAUCCCACCUUUUGGCUUCAUCACUCAUUUGUCGACCACACCUGGGAACUCUGGCAAAGCCUAGAUGCCGCCAUCCGCACCCAGAGUAUUGGUGGAAUUGACGCCAAUGGCAAUCCGCUUACCUUGGAUACCGUGCUUACUGUGGGUGGUAUCAGACCUGACGUCCCAGUGAGGGCAGUCGUCAACACUUUGAGUGGAGUCUCAAUAGGAGGCGUACCUUUCUGCUUCAAGUACGACUCCUAG